AUGAUUAGUUUAUGCACUGUUAACAUUUAUUAUGCAAGUGGAAAGAAAUCUGCCACAAUUUUACUUGAGGAGUACAAAAGUAUCUGCAAGGCCUUUGUGGAUCACAGUCCUAAUACAGACCAGAUAAUUGUUGAAAAUAUUGCAAAGCGAGAUAAAGUAGUUUUGAUAAAUGCUGCAAACAAGCUGGUUAAAGAAGAAUGCAGGAAAAUUUGCAAAAGAGGAUCUGGGUCUAUUCUGCAGAAAAAGGAACAUCAUGACUUUUUAAGGUUUUCUUGGGAAAAUUACUACUAUGAACUUCAAAGUCCCUGUCCUCUCUUAUUAUCAACAGUGUCUGCUAUUGUCUGUGACAUACCACCUGCCAUUCCAAGCAAGCAUUUCAUGCAUAUCAUGAUAACAGCAGCCAUAGGACUCCAUAGCAGAAGCCAGGAGUUAUCAGUUGUACAGUACUUAAUUGGAAUGGUUUUAACCCAUGGAGGCUGUACGCAAAAGGACAUACAGUGCCUAUCCACCUUGGGUCUUGCUGUGCACCCGCAAACCCUGCACAGGAAGCUGGCUACCUGGGAGUCAACUCUUAGUGAAAAUCUACUUCAAAUCAAGGAAGCAUGGGCAAAUGGAGGUGAAACAAAGUAUCAACUUGUAGGAGAUAACUGGGAUAAAAACAUUCUUCCUUCAUAUAGGACAACGGAAAGAGGAACACUUUCUUUGCACCUUUUCAAUGUGUAUGCAGUAGUGGAUAGAGUUAUUCCCACAUCUAAGUCUCCUGAUGUCGGCGUGCACACUCAAGUUGACCUAUCUCUGCUAACUUUUAUCCCCUCGAUUGAUGAACAAGACAUUCUCCUUAAAGAGCUUACAUUUCAGUUUGCAUCCUCUGUAAUUGAACAUCAUCCAAAACUGAAACAAAAUUUUCAGCACAUAUACCCAAUUCACCUCAAGCACAAAUACAGCCAGUUUGCCGGACUUAAAACAACUCAGUACCCUCUAGGACUGUUCGAUUGCAAUGAGAACAAAACACAAGAAAUUAUUCAACUGAUGAAAGCAUUGUCUGACUUAUUUGUUCCAAUUAAAGAUGGAGAUAUGGUUGAACCAGUGUUUUUUGGAGGUAUUCACCAAUAUCUUUUUGAGUCUGAUGUUGAUGAUGGGAUUUAAUGUAGUCUGUUUUCUUUGUUUUGCUUUUCCUCGCACUGUUCAUGAUUAUUUUUG